UGCCUUUGAAUAUGAACUUUUAUUAAUUUAACAAAACAAUUGCAGAAGAAUUCUUCAACGGUAGCUAUGGAUUCACUUAAUGUUGUCAAUGAGGCUGUUCUAAUAAAAAAGGAAAAAGGAAAUAAUGCAAGUUUUGGAGAUGAAUCAGAGAGUUUCCAAGAGAACUGCAACGAAAGUAAUAAUAAGGCGAUGGCAACCUUUGCUACUGAUGCUACUACUGCUGCCAUUGAUAAAGGAGGGUGGAAAUAUGCAUAUCUCUUGCUAGUGAAUCAGGGGCUAGCAACAUUAGCUUUCUUUGGGGUUGGAGUGAACUUGGUACUGUUCUUGACGAGAGUUCUUGGGCAAGAGACGGCCGAUGCUGCAAACAACGUCAGCAAGUGGACUGGCACUGUUUACCUGUGCUCCUUAGUUGGUGCUUUUCUCAGUGAUUCUUACUGGGGCCGCUACUUCACUUGUGCCAUCUUUCAACUCAUCCUUGUUCUGGGAGUAGGUCUACUAUCACUAUCUUCAUGGUUAUUCUUACUGAAACCAGCAGGGUGUGGUGAUAGAGAAACAAAGUGCGAAACCACCUCCACUUUCGGCAUAGCCAUAUUCUACGCCGCCAUAUACUUGGUGGCCUUGGGAUACGGCGGACACCAACCCACUCUAGCCACCUUUGGAGCUGACCAAUUCGACUGCGAGAACAACAACACUAUCAAAGAGAAAGAAAAAGAAAAGACCAACAAAGCUGCUUACUUUUGCUACUUCUAUUUCUCAUUGAAUCUUGGCUCUCUUUUCUCAAACACCAUUUUGGUCUACUAUGAAGAUAUUGGUCAAUGGACUUUGGGAUUCACUGUCUCCUUGGCCUCGGCUAUUAUAGCUUUGGCCUCUUACUUGUGUGGCUCUAGUGGUUAUGUGUAUAUCAAGCCUUGUGGAAACCCUAUUCCACGUGUCGCUCAGGUAUUCGUUGCGGCCGCGAAGAAGUGGAACCUUAAGAAAGUGUGUGCUGAGGAGUUGUAUGAGAUUGAAGGCCAUGAAUCUGCCAUCAAAGGAAGUAGAAAGAUUUUUCACAGCAAUGAGAUUUCGUUCUUGGACAAAGCAGCAACUUUAACUGAGGACGACAUAAGAGGCCCCAAGAAUCCAUGGAGGAUUUGCACAGUGACACAAGUAGAGGAAGCAAAAUGUGUACUGAAAAUGCUACCAAUAUGGCUUUGCACCAUACUAUACUCAGUGGUGUUCACACAAAUGGCCUCACUCUUUGUAGAACAAGGUGAUGUAAUGAACACAAAACUUGGAAACUUUCACAUCCCAGCUGCAAGUAUGUCAGCCUUUGACAUCUGCAGUGUCCUCAUCUGCACUGGAAUCUAUCGCCAAGUCCUUGUCCCCAUAGCCGAAAGACUAAGUGGAAACCCUAAAGGCGUAACAGACCUUCAAAGAAUGGGAAUAGGGUUAGUGAUUGGGAUGUUAGCCAUGCUGGUGGCAGGCAUAACAGAAAUUGAAAGGCUCAGACAUGUUACACCAGGAGAGGAUAAGAGCUCUAGAAGCAUAUUGUGGCAAAUCCCACAGUAUGUUCUGGUUGGUGCUUCUGAAGUUUUCAUGUAUGUUGGUCAACUUGAGUUCUUUAAUGAACAGGCCCCGGAUGGGAUUAAGAGCUUUGGUAGCUCUCUUUGCAUGGCUUCUAUCUCUCUUGGGAAUUAUGUUAGUAGCUUGCUUGUUAACAUGGUUAUGGACAUCACUGCUAAAGGUGACAAUCAUGGUUGGAUCCCUGAUAACUUGAAUGAUGGUCACAUGGAUAGGUUUUACUUCUUGAUUGCAACUUUGACUGCUCUUGAUCUUGUCUUAUAUGUGUUUUGUGCUAGGUGGUAUAAGGGUAUCAACUUGGAUGAUGCUAAUGAUCAAGUUGAAGAAUUAGAGGAUCGUGAUCGAGUUUUCGAAAGAGUCUAGAGUAUUUUAGUUUAUAUAUUUCUAUAUUAUCCAUUUAGAACAAUGAACUAGUAACCAUGACCUAUAUUUGGGGUGUGAUUGGUUUGGUUUUUCUUUUUUUGUUAUUUUAAUGGGUGUGAUUGGUUUUUUUUUUUUUGUUAUUUUAGUUUUUGUUCUAUAACCUAUAAUUACCUAUAAAAAAUGCCCAAAUUAUAAUCUUUAUUUAUAUAAUUUGGGUAUGAAAUAUAUGUAAAAAUGUGAAGAUUAAUAUGGGAAAGAAUGGGGAGGAAAAUUUGUUAUUUA